CCAGGAGGAGUGAGUGAUCAGCCAUACUUGAGAGACAGCGAGCAUGCAAUGGUCAAGUCGCGAGCUGUUACUGGGCUUCACCACCGGCAUUGCUGUCACUCUCGUUCUUGACCAGGUCCGCAGAUAUAUCACAUCUCCAUAUUUUAGUCGUCAACUUGCUCUCUCUCGAUACAGAGCCACGACUGAAUCCUCAUCGGGGCACACAGGUUCUAUAAGACCAGCUGGUUCCGGCAUCGAAUCUACAAUUGGCAACACUCCUCUCAUCGUCAUUCCGUCGCUCAGCAAAGCAACAGGAUGCACCAUCUAUGCCAAGGCCGAAUUCCUCAACGGGGCCGGCAACAGUCCCAAAGACCGUGUGGCUCUCUCUAUCAUCACGCGCGCCGAGUCUCAUGGUCUUCUGACCCCUCACAGCGGCGAUACAAUCUACGAGGGGACCUCCGGUAGUACGGGAAUCUCCCUGGCGACAUUGUGCCGAGCUCGUGGCUACCUCGCGCACAUAUGUAUGCCCAGCGACCAGAGUCACGAGAAGAGCAACUUGCUCUUGAAACUAGGUGCCAUCGUUGAACGAGUCACGCCUGCACCCAUCGUCGAUCAAGCUCACUUUGUCAAUCGUGCACGCAUUCUGGCUGACCAGCACACCGCCGAUCCCGCGAGACAGGGACGGGGUUACUUCGCCAACCAAUUCGAGACCGAAGCCAACUGGCGUGCACACUACGAGGGCACUGGACCUGAGAUUCUCGCGCAGACCGAGAACAAGGUCGACGCCUUUGUUGCGGGUGCUGGCACGGGGGGAACGCUCUCAGGGGUUGCACUGGCGCUAAAGGAGAAACUCGAUCACGUCAGGAUUGUCCUUGCCGACCCACAAGGCAGUGGCCUAUAUAACAAGGUACAGCAUGGCGUCAUGUUUCACAGCCUCGAGCGUGAGGGAACGAGACGGCGCGACCAGGUCGAUAGCAUCGUGGAGGGCAUCGGUCUUACGAGAUCUACAGCCAAUUUUGAGCAGGGACGAGAACUGAUCGAUGAAGCGGUGAAGAUAACAGACGCCCAAGCGAAGAAUAUGGCCAGGUGGCUGGUUGAACAGGAUGGUAUCUUCAUCGGAAGUAGCAGUGCAGUGAAUUGUGUGGCUGCAUUACAAACAGCACUCAAACUGGGACCGGGUCAUCGCAUCGUAACCAUUCUGUGCGACUCCGGUUCAAGACACCUGUCCAAGUUUUGGGCACAGAUAGGUGACAUUGGAGGUGAAGCACGAACGACCAUCGACGAUAUCCUUCAGGGACGCACUCUGACCUGAUUGCCAAAUAAUUCGUCAUCCGAAUCUUCGGUCUUGAUAUACUGAUGGUCGAAUGCUCCGUGACCUCCAGACCAUUCUUCCUCAUUCAGAGUACGUGGAUGGUCGCCGUUCUGGCGAAGUCUCCUGCGCUCGCGGAACGGUACAAGCCACGACUCUGCCAGUUUGUUGCCAACCUCGGUAUUGCUGCGGUCCUUCAGGAAUCUCGUAAAUGUGCCGAGCUCUUGUAACGGUUUCUGGGACAGGUCGUCCAGAAUCUUUAGCUCCUCCUCAGACCACUCUGGGCUUGUGUCUAGCUCGUCAUGUCCAGCGGGCGUUCGAAACUUGUCAUACAAGUCAUUGAGAAUUGGGGCGGUCUUGCGCGUUCGCAGGACUUUGCUGCUGGCGAUCUCAGCAAACGAUACACCAGCACCUUCAUGCAUCUCGACCAUGGUUUUGAAAUCACAAAGGCAUAGUCUGGCUGUCUUAGGCUUCAUAUGACUCUUGGAUCGAUACUUUCUGAUAUAUGUCAAGUCAUGAAUAUCAUCAGGAUCGGUUCCGGUCUUUUCAGCUUUAG